CGCAACCCAAUGGAUGUCAAAAAAAUCUCCUGUGUACAGAAGUCAAAUCUCUGUCUCUCGUGAAAGCGAAAUGGCCUCCAAACCUCGCCGUAAGCACGCUUGUGGUCUUCCUUUAAGCAAUGCAUUCAUCAGCAUCUAAUUAAACCCUAAUUCUCUCUCUCUCCCUCUCUCUCCUGCAAGAAACUUCUCCAAUGGCAACCCUAUCCGUUCCAUCAGCCUGCAAUUUCUCCCCUAUAUGCCACUCUAAAAAGUGGGGAAAGAGACGAAAUGGGAUCAGGAUUUCUGCUUGUCAUGCUGCUGUUGUUUUCCGUGACCUCCAAGCUGAUGAUUUCAGGCAUCCUCUCGAUAGACAGAAUACUUCGCUAUUGCGGGCUAUUCCAGGUCUAAAUGAGCUAGGCAAAGCUUUAUUAGGACCAAUUUCUGAACAGGUGAUGAUUCUUGAGAACAUAGGAACAUCAGUUCUUGUGGCUACGAAUCAGCUGCCUGAUCUCCAUCAUUUGAUGGCUGAGGCUGCUGAAGUUCUAAACAUUGAAGCUCCUGAUCUCUAUGUGCGUCAAAAUCCCAUUCCAAAUGCAUACACUUUAGCUAUUGGAGGCAGAAAGCCCUUUAUCGUUGUACACACAAGCCUUGUUGAGCUUCUUACCAGAAGAGAGUUGCAGGCUGUUCUGGCCCACGAGCUAGGUCAUUUAAAAUGUGAUCAUGGUGUGUGGCUUACAUUUGCCAACAUUUUGACAUUGGGUGCCAAUUCUCUGCCUGGUUUAGGUGUAUUGAUUGCUCGGAGUAUGGAGGAACAGUUGUUUCGAUGGGUUAGAGCUGCCGAGCUUACUUGUGAUAGAGCUGCUCUCCUUGUUACCCAAAAUCCAAAGGUGGUCAUCUCUGUUCUGAUGAAACUUGCGGGAGGCUGCCCAUCCUUGGCAGAUCAACUGAACGUGGAUGCAUUUCUUGAGCAAGCUCGCUCUUAUGAUGAGGCUUCCUCAAGUCCAAUUGGCUGGUAUAUAAGGAAUGCUCAGACAAGACAGUUAUCCCACCCCUUGCCAGUCUUACGUGCUCGUGAAAUAGAUCAAUGGUCGAGAAGCCAGGAGUACAAGUCGCUUCUGAAACGGGCAAUGAGUGCUAAUCCAGCUCGCAAAAAUUAAUUCUAGACAUCAACACCGCAGCGAAUCUAUGUAACUGGAGCUUAAUGGUUAGAAUUUAUCACAAGGUUUGUUCUGUUGUACAUGCUCUUUAUAUUUUUGCAUUAUGAGUUCACGUGUACAUAGUAUUUGUGGAGGGGUCACCUUCUCUUGAGCACCCCCAUAUACCUUGUAGUUUGUACAUGAGAAAUAAAUCUCAUUUCAUAGUACAUGAGAAUUAAAUCUCAUUUCAUAGUAUAUAACAUUGUUUCACACUCUUAUCAUGGUAGAAAUCUAGGUUCAGAAAACUUGGCGCGGAAAAA